CAUUACUGGUCAGGGUGGCCGUCUGCCUGCAGCAUGCAUUCGCUGUGCCGUUGGGUGCAGAAGUGAGAUGUAUUAGGGCGGCUGAUAUGGCCUCCUAGACGAAAGGCUUCUGUUUGACCAGGGUGGUAUACAGAACGCUGUGUGUACAGAAUAUACUCAUGUUAGGUCUAACGUAUGGCAAGGUUGUAUUGUGGACUGUGUAGGGAGUACCCGGGAUUCAAAGGUGUUUUGAAGAGUUCCUAAUGUGAGACGUUGUACCAGUCCUUUCUACUGGUGGGCAGACAUGGGAUGAAGGGGGAGGUUUUCUGUAGGGCGGAAUUCUACACCGUGUUAACAAAGGCUGAAGAUCCCUGCUGAAAUGGCUACCAAUAGCCCACAUAUUCACAGGCAAGAGGCCAUGAAGUGGGAAGGACCAUCCACGUCCACUUCUGGAGUGUUAGUUUCGAGUGGUGGGACAAACCGGCUGCCCACGGCCAGUCCUGAACAAACACGCUCACAACAGGUCAAGCAUUCGUCCAGCAUUGCAACAAAUACGGCAGGAAUGUCUCACAUGCAGACAGAAAUGCAUGUUCUAAGGAAUGGUAGGCAACAUUCAGACACUUCGUAUAUACCGGCAGCAAUAGACGGACCAUCGGCAAAGAAGAGCUUGGAAAAACUGCGCCAGAUGAGACAAAGACUACACAGUGAUGAAGACCUGAAGCCCAACAGUUAUACUGCUGACAAGGCCAAACAUCCCAGGACACUCAGUGAUGGAGCUAACAGGAGACACACUACACCCCAGGCUGUCAACAUUGUGCAUAACUCACACCACAGUCUAUCUAAAGGCCAAUCUACGCAAUUCAGAUCACCAGAGGUUUCCCCUUCUGCUAUUGCCAACUCAAGAAACAGAUUUUCGUUUGAGAGAGGGUCUAUGUCUCCUAACUUCUUCAACUCAAGACAAGCGUCCCUUGACUUUGACGUUAACUCAGAACCCGUGUCAAGAAUUUCCACACCAAUAAGUGUGGACACACCUCCUGUUUCAGCAAGCACGUCGCCUGUUACAUCAUCAAGGCUGGAAGAAGUCAUGCAAGAUGGUGACACGAGUGGUGAAAGCAUGUCUUACAGAAAGUUGUGGCAAAAUCGGUCCAUGAGGAAAAAGUCUCCUCAUCUCCAGGACCCAAAGCCCCCUCCUCAAGACAAUGGAUCAGGAAAAGUCUUCAAGAGGGGUGAAAGCAGCCCAACAUUCUUUUCGGGAAAUGUUACAACAGACAAGCAGCUGUCAACACAAGACAAAGAAAGGCAGGCCGACGGAAGUGCUCAUGUUGACCAGUCUGAAAGUCACACAAUUUCAGAACAUCUCGAUGCAGGUUCAUCGUUUUUCCGUAGAUCUACAGAAGGCAACUCUACAAGACGGUCACUACGGGCUAAAUACCCCAAAGCAAUGCAGCAUAUUCCCUCGUUCAACGAAUUCCGAAGGAUGAGAAAGGAAGGACAUGUCAGUCCUAGCGCAAAGUUCUCCAGCACAUUGUUUGGUCCAGUGGAGGAGAAUGAAGAUUGCUGUAGUGUUGCUGAAAACACAGAAAAAGAUAAGGAGUCUGAGAAGAGAGUAAGAGACAUGGCAAGGAAGGAUAUUGCAGAAUCGUCUAUCUCUGUGGCUCAUAGUAACCACAGGAAGGAAUCCAGAGAAACAGCUGUUACAGAAUCUGGUCCUCAGGAUGUCUUACCAGAUAUGCAAGCUUCACAUGACAAGAGUGAGGAGUGCAGCAGAGAUGGGGGAAGGUCUAUUCUGUCCAUCUUGUCUACGUACUAUGCAAAAGAAGGGACAAGGUUGGAGGAUGUGUCCAAGGAGAAUCAGGAUGUUACCUCUAGACACAACAGCUCUGCAGCACAGAAUGGAGCUUCAACUCUUCUUUCUCAUAAUGGUCAUUGUCAUGAGAGAAAAGCUAAAGAUGUCCAACAACACACAAACGAGUAUCAGACAUCAGCUUGUCAUCCAUCUUUGAUUCAAUUUGAAUCAAAUCUUAAAGACAGUCAUAUACCUGAAAGGCAGGGUGCAUUUUCCAACAUGAAGGAGGACUCUUUCUCGAACAUAGUAGAAAAGGAAUUGUCAGGAAACCUUCAAAGUCAAAGACAUGGCAAGCCCAACUCAGAAGCAUUGUUGCACAACCUUUCAGGUGAGAAAAUCUGUAGAAAAGCAAGCAAUGAAGUCAUUCCCAAACUUGAUUUGGCAUAUCUCAAUGAAGAAACCAACACGGAGAAACUCUCAGUGUCACCCAGGACUGAAGCUAAAACUCCUGAAAAGCAGGUCAGACAUGCCCAUGUAGCAGAGAAUUGUGUGAACCAUUUACCGUCCAGGGACAGAUCUGUCAAGGAUUCAAAGAAGGUUUCAGAAGUAAGUCUAGACGCUGCUGGAAGGAAGGACUUAGGACAGAGUAAAGUCCAGGAGAGUAGAGACAACAACAGAAAUGCUGUGAAGGAAGACUUAAGAGGUGCUUCUGCCUCUCAGACAAGAUUACAGGGAGAUCGAAUGUUGCAUGAAGACUACUCUGACACCGUUGAAGCUGUUAGCAGGACCGUUAGCCAGCCUCUCUGUAAACAUGUCAACAAUAAACACACCCCUGGCAGACCCCUGGAGACAAGAAUUUCAAGCACGAUGAGUGAAAUGUCCUCGUCAUGUUCUAAAGAAAGCCAAACAUCACAGAAAACCUUUGUACAUUCAUCCCAAAACCACAGACACAGGACUGAUGACUGUGGGUCAGAAUCAUCUCAUAUCAAUGCUGAAUCCAAGAGAGAAGCCACAGAUGUUGCACCAGCUACAAAGGAAGUUCAUUGCCCUCCUGCUAAAGAAAGCAGCCCUGUACAGGAACUAGGCCAAGCCCCGCCAGCCACAACAGAACAGAAAGAACCGUGUUAUGAGAAAGUGGAAACGGAUCCUGUGAGAACAAACUGUGACAGCUCAGACGGCAACAGUCCACACAAAGUGGGGGGUAUGUCGCUGGUCACAGUUGAGUGGACCCUCCGCAGGAACAAGGGCUGCCUGGUGGAGGCAGUAAACAGUAACGAGGAUUCUACAACACCUUAUGUUUCAGCUAAGGAUCAACUGAAGAGUUUGACCAGUUCUGAGAGCCCGUCUGGGAAGGUGUCGCCCCGUAGUUGGUACAGCCGCCACUGGUCCGCACCGAUAACUCCUAAACCCAUGUUAGAAACCAACCUGGCAGUCACAACCAGCGUGGCCAGCAAUGACUCCAGCCCUGCCUCCACCCCUCGUGUCAAGAGGAAGCAGAUCUUUGAUGUCUGUAUGGCUGUAUCUGAGAAGUUACAGAGAACAGAACCUGACAAGGCUGAAGAGGUACAAGAGAGAACGUUCGCAAGUGACAGUCAACAUCAUCAGCACACUACAGGUCAUAAUGGCAAUAGUCAGGUAGACUCUCAGCCAAACCUCUGUCAAGAGAAAAUUGAGACCAGAACAUCUUGUGAGGGUUUGACCACAACCAGAUAAGUGUCAAAGAACUGACAACUGCGGUACACCAUCUAUGGAGAGUGAAAAUAAGGUAGAAAGAAAAGAUGGCACUGUCUUCCAAACAGUUCAAACUGAGAACAGAAGUUUCACAAAAACUGGAAACACUGCCAUGUCACACACAGACUGCAAUCCCAAAGAGACAGGUAGAACUGGUGAAGUUUGCUCUGACAGGGACAGUGUAGAAAACAGAGAGGGAAACAUGUUAGGUGCAGAGAAGAUGAGUAUGUGGGGCUCCUUCAUUGAUGGAGAUGGUGGUAGCAGAGACAGCAGUAGAAGGGGCAGUGGUCAGAGCUCUGACCAGAGCAGCAGUUCAGGAGACAACACACAGGUGUCCAUGCCUGAGAUACAACUGGUGUUCCAAGACAGCCCUGUUCAUCAACACAAGGAGUCUUCAGAAGAAACUGACCAAGACUGUGUGUUUGACUUGACUGCACUCGUCAAACAGGAGCAAGGAGAAGGCAUCAAAAUCCAGGCAAAUGAUCACAAAGAAGUACUCUAUGGUGAUAACAAGAAGAAAUCUUCAUCAAUUGAGUGUAAUAACACAGACGAGAGAAAAAGACAAGGAAAGUUCCUCCCCAAGUCAUGGAGUGCUGACAUGGAAAGAUGGACAGAUGCAGACAAAACUUGCAAUCAUGAUGAAAGUACAGUACAGGAUGGAAAAAAUGUUGUAAAGCAAUCUUCAAAAGACAGAAGUAACAGCUAUCGCAAGAGAGGGCUGGAAAGACAGAAACCUGUCUCCAGCACAAGCGAGGAACUCUUUGCCAGGAAGUACAAGGGUGAGAGGAAGAGCAGCACGGAUGGGAACAUGCCGUCAGAGAAAGGAAAGACUCCCAAACGUAGUGUCACAUGGCACGCACUGGUCAGGACCUCAGAGGUUAAAACAGAGUCAAAGCAGAAGCCCCAGAGUUCAGUGGCGAGGUCCACAUCCGAUGUGACCAACUCCAGCAGUAAGGAGAGCAGACAGGACAAGACUGCCCGUCCUGUGAGACAACACCACAGUGACCCCUCCUCCAUGGCCCUGCAUAGGACAAGAAACUGGCUACACAGACACCAUGGUAUGGAGGACCUGACCAUAGUGGAAGGCGUCCCUGCUGAUUCCAGUGACAAGCGAACCUCCAGGACCAAGUCCAAAAAUCGCCAUAGCAACGUGAGCACUGCCAGCGUGGACAGUGGGGUCAUCGCCCUGGGAGACGAGAGGUCAAUCAUGGAGAGAAGACAGUCUGCUGUGGACAUUGCGAGGAACGACAGUGGGGUUGGCAUGGAGACCACACGUGUCCCCCGCAAGACUCGAGAAACAACGGAUGAGGCCAACUGUGCUGACUGUGAGAAAGUCAACACUGUUAUCGAUGUAGAAGAGGAAGAGGAAUCACCCAGGAGUGACCGUACAGAAGACACGGCGCUGUGCCCUCGCUGUGAGAAGCGGCGUGUGGAGAGGAAGGAGGCGAUCCAGGAGCUGGUGCAGACAGAGCUGAGCUACGGAGCAGACCUCCGCGUUAUCAAGGAGGAGUUCUAUGAACCGAUAGAGAAGGCCGGGCUGCUGACUCCACAGCAGCUACAGACUAUCUUCAUCAACAUUCUGGAACUGAUUGAGGUGAAUGACAGGUUUGCAGACAAGCUGCAGGAUGCCAUAGAGCAUGCUCAGGAGCAGGGGGAUGAGGACUACAUCUCUGUCCACAUCGGGCGCAUUUUCCUGCAGGCAGCCAACAUGCUCAUGGCCUUCGAGACAUACUGCACCAAACAGCCUGCUGCCCCUGCCAUGCUGAAGACCCUGGAGAGUGAGAAGGACCUGUUCAGGAUUUUCCUGGAGGUUUCCCAGACUGACAACUCUGCCCUGCGCAGGAUGCACCUCUCUUCCUUCCUCAUGGCUCCACUACAGAGGAUAACCAAAUACCCCCUGCUGCUGAGCCGGCUGUACAAGUCUACCUCCUGCCGCCACCCUGACAGGGACAGACUACUGGAGGCACAACAGCUGGUGGAGGAACAUCUGGAACACAUCAAUAUUAAAACCCAGGGCUCAGGUGGACUGAUGAGGCUGAAGAAGAAAAGCAGCAGGACUAAGAGCACCAGUAGUGUGGAGAACAUCGAGCUCAGAGAGAUGGCCCUGGAUGCUGUGAGCUGGAACAAGGACGAGGUCCACUUUAUCCAGAUGGGGAAACUGCAGGUGGUGCAGUGUGGGGACACCUGGGCCAGGAAAACUAAAGUCUGCUCAGUACAUGCACUUCUACUGGUGCUGGGACAGAUGCCUAACCUGCAGGCCCUUGAGGAGAAACGCCAGCCGUGCAGAGACAAACCUGUGAAGGGAGCAGCCCUGGUACUCAUCAGGGACAAGGGUGCUGGCAGGUUCACAACACUCAGGGAUCCGUUCUUUCUGGACAAGUGUGUUGUGUCUAUGGAUCCAGAUUCUGAGGAAGCCUUUGAGAUCUCAGAGAUCUACAAAGAUCCUUACAUUCUAAAGGGCGAGGAUCCUUCUGACACCUCAAGGUGGUUGUCUCUUCUCCAGGGUCUCUCCAGAGACCUGGGAAACUGGAGAAGAAGGAGGAACGCUCUUGCAAACAUCAUGAUCCACAUGGUGUCCAGAACUUGAGGGAUCAAAAGUGCCACCUACCAGUUUGGUUCAAAACUGCUCUUCAAUAAACGCUGGUUGUUGCAUUGGGAGGAGGCAAAGCGAGCCCAAAACAGCUAUCAGGAUUUUGAAGGAAUGUGGAUCGCUGGGCUGAAAGCACCCCCUAUUGAUGUAUAAAUGAGUUGCAGUGAAGAACAAAGGCCAGUUCUAUCAGUUAUGAGCGCUCCUGGCAGAUCUGCAGGGCAUUGCAAGUGCAAAGCGCCGAUCUGCAGACGCUUUCAAGUAAAGGCAGCAUGGUGGAUGAAAACACCUUAUAGUGUAUAAAUUAUAUGAGGAGAAAAAUUGUACAGAAGAGCAUGCAACAGCCCUUGGAUAGGAUAUGUGUAUGAACAUAUCUUGUUUGCAACAGCUCUCCAAGAAGAAAGCAGAAUCAUAGUGCCUUUUUGUCAAAUGACCACAAAGAAGUUGGUUAAAUAAACUCGAGGCAGGACCUCUGAGAUAGCGAGGAUUCAUAACUGCAAAAAAAAUGAAACAAAAGCAAGCACUUAAAUUUUGCGGCAAGGUGAAAAUUGAGUUUGCUGUUGAGACAACUGUUAUAACCUAACACCAUGCAAGACAGAGCACAUAUGUGUCUUGUGACAAGUUUGCAGCGACAGCUCACAGAAAAAUAAAUGCGAACAUAAAACUGCCACAGGCGUUUCACAAUUUACAGUAAAACCAGCACUGUGUUGCUGCUUUUGCAGUUUUUGCAAUAUACUAGUGUGCGGUGGUGCAAUUGGCUAUAUAAGUUUGCCUUAGGUUGAUUACUUGCUCUUAAACUUCACAUUGCACUAUGAAUCUUGUUUGCAUGAGCACUGCUAUAUAUUUAAGAUAAGUUUAAAAAGGGGGAAAAAUGUUCACACCUCCGUCCAUGUUGUAAUGUAAGAAUAGUCUAAAACUUUUAAAUCACCUUAAUUGCAAAAGUAGAUGAUAUUUUUGUACCAAACAAAUUAUACACAUGACUUUAUUGUCUUUGGCUGUAAAAAACCUGUACAGACAAUGAAAUUUUUAUAGUCGAGUAAUGUGCCAAAAUUUGCAUAAAACACAAUUUAGUACAAAUUUCUGGUAAGAUGAUACAGAUUAUGAACAUCUGAAGUGUUUUAGGAUUCAAAUUAUCAAAGGACCAUACAUAUUUAUUUCGUUGUAAUAUAAUAUAAAUUGAAUUAUCAUAUAUAGAAAUGUUUCAAAUUAAACUAAAUGUAUUAAGACAAA